AUGGAUAUGUAUGGCGUAGUAUAUUCGCUAUGUUACUCUCCAUGUGGAAAAUUACUAGCUGCAGGCGACAACUUUGGUCGAAUCUUUAUAUUUCAAUAUGUAGAUGCUUUGGCUAAUUACAUAUGCAUAUUUUUUUGUAUCGGUGUAGUGCAUUCUGGACCCAUUUAUGCUUUAACGUCAACUUCAACAUAUCUUGUUUGUGGUAUAUUAGAUAGAAUUGUUGGCUAUAAAUGGAGCGAGAUUCUUGAUAAGGAAAAUAUCCUAUAUUGUGGUUGCGGAGAUGGGAGAAUUUAUGGUUACGAUUUGAAAAGUGGACACAAUAAGUGCAGCAUGGUUGGUCAUGAGGACAGCAUACAUAGCAUAGUCUUAGAUCCCCAAUCGAAGGCGUGUAUUAGCUCCUCUGAAGAUGGAUCAGUACGAUUUUGGGAUAAUCGUAAGCCCUCUCAAAUUGCUAUAAUUGAACCUUACAAACAUCAGCAACUAAGCCAUCAUGGAGGUGGCAAAUGGAUUUCUGCUAUGGCAACCGAUACUGAUGGUAACUGGAUGGCAUGUGGUGGAGCUACUGGUCUAUCUAUUUGGCACCUGCAGUCUAGAACUCUUACAUCGAGCUGCAAUGAUAUAACCGCUUGUGUUCGUGACGUAGUCUUUUACGAUGGAAAUUUCAUUACAGUAGGGGAUAACCACCACGUAACACAUACUACUAUUAAUGGUGAAGUUACCGCAACUAUUCCUACUUCGUCAUCUCCAAAUUUCGCAAUCCAAAUAAAUGAGAAUCUUAAUAGUAAACCGGUGCUAUGUACAGCUGGAAAUUCCAUCAUGAUCGAUAUCUUCAUCAAUUUCUUUUAUAAAACUACCUCUUUCCAGUGUACAUGCUCGUACUAA